AUGUUGAAGAUGGGCUUCAAUGCAUUUUGCUUGCCUGGCAGGAAGAUUGUCGUCUUCACGGAGUUGCUGAAACAUUUUAGAAGUGAUGCUGAGAUAGCUACGAUCAUUGGUCAUGAUGUUGGGCAUGCGGUUGCUCGACAUUCUGCAGAGGGCAUUACAAAGAACCUGUGGUUUGCAAUCAUGCAACUGAUACGUUAUCAGUUUGUUAUGCCUGAUGUUGUCAACACAAUGUCCAAUCUUUUCUUAAGGCUUCCUUUUUCUCGAAGGGAGGGUUAA